CACAUCUUUACAUAAAUUGCCGUGUUUAAGUGUUUUACGGCCAUGAUUUAAAUAUCAUAAUUUUAUCAUUCAAUAGGUCGGAAGGCUACUUUUACCAUGAUGAAUAUAUCGGUAAAGAACCUAACGACAGAAUAAGGCGAAGAAUGGCAAAAAAGAAAGCUCGUGCUCAACUCGACAACUGUCCAGUAACUGAACAGAGCGAUCUAAGGUAUAGUUUUAACCCAUUGUGCCAGCGCUGUCCACUUGACGAGUAAAUCGUCUGGCAGGGAUAGUUUAAAAAAAUGCAUAUGAGACAGCUGACGGAAUGAUUUCAUGCAGCUUAUGGUUAACCCAGUCUUUCAAGAAGUGUGAUUGCUAUUUUUUGUCCGGAGAAAACGUCCGAUCAAUUUAGCAUUUGAUCGGAAUAACUGUGAUUUGGUCGGAAAAUGUCCGACCGUUAUUUUAGGCUCUGGAAAGCACCGUAGGAAUAGUAAUAAUACGGUGGUGGGAAACACGAAAUUUGGAUUCUUCAAAAUCACAAUGCCGCAGAUACACUCUAUAUUAUCCGAUCUAAAAAAAUGCCGAGAGGUGCCGACCUACAAUCGGUGGACAUAACUUGUUAAUAAAAUUUUAAUUUGCCUCUGCGAGAGUUUAAGUUGUAGUUUGAUUCCUGUAUUUUGUCUAAAACACCCCCCCCCCCUUCCUCCAACACAAUGUUGUUGAACUACGUUUAAAAUGAGACGAAAAUUAUGGCAACAUUGGGUGGGGGAGAGGGGGGGGGGGACCUGUGUGAAGUUAUUUGAUUGUAUUUUCCUAAAAUGUCGAUCGAUUUUAUUAACACUUUUGUCCAUAAUUGUACUGUAGGUCAGAUUUCAAUUUUUACUUUUUUCGAGGGCCGUAACAGUUAUUAAUAUAAUAUACAUGAAAAUGAACAGCAAACUGGAAAGCUCUGGCGAAUUUAAGUUUGACUCGACUAAAAGAUCUGGUGGGUUUCCUCGCGUUUGCCGACCUAAAAUGAAAACCCUGUGUAAUCAAUCCGUUAUUUUGAUUCUCGUUUUUAGUAAUGGCAGACUAGAUGAAACGACAGACCCUGAAAUAAAAUUAAAGGUAGAUGGUGGCAUUGCCAGACGUGCUCAAAGUUUGAAAAGAAAUAAAUGGCUCCGUGAUAAAUAUGACAUUGAAAACGGAAGCACAGAAUCUUUGGAUACUGCCAAGAGUAGGAGGAAUAAAAAUAGUGAAGAAUUAGCAGACAGUACAAAAAACGUGAAAAGAUCUUUUAGUUUUGGAAGUAAAAGACACAAAAAUAAAGACCAGAGUGCCUUGAAUGAGGCAGCAGAGAGAAGGAACAGUAAAAGAUUAAGAGAAUCCAUUCGGAAAAAAUAUAAUUUGCCAACGCGGGAGUAGGAUGAAAUAACUAAUGUGAUUUUAAAUUGCGGACAAGGGACAAGCUGUAUUGAGAAAGCUGUUGAUUGAUAAGGAUAAACUACAUGAAAAUACAAAUAGAAGUUCGAGGUUUCGAGCGAAGACCCUAGCUUCGUCGGGAAAUUAGUGAAUUAGGCCUUUAAUGGACCAAUCCCCAAUUAACCAAAAUUUUGAUCUCAACAUGUCUAGACAAAAUUCCAUCACAGCAUGAAAGAGCAUCACAAAAUUAGUAAUAUUCCAAAGUUUCGUUGCGAAAUGUUGUAAAAUGCGGAUAAUAUAGCCUUGCGAAGUUUGUAAUUUUCAGUCAUUUUGUAUUACGCACGGAAGUGGUAACCAUUUCCCGUUUGUAAUCUAAAAUGACUGAAAAUUGCAAACUUCGCAAGGUUAUAUUAUCCGCAUUUUACAACAUUUUGCAAUAUUUGGAAACUUUGGAAUAUUACUAAUUUUGUGAUGCUCUUUCAAGCUGUGAUGAAAUUUUUGUCUGGACUUGUUGAGUUCAAAAUUUUGAUUAAUAUGGGAUUGGUCCAUUGCUCGAAACAUCCAAGUUGUGCUUGUAUUUUUCAGGCAGUUGUAUCCAUAUUAAUGCGCAGUAUUUUUAUUAGUGAGCUCAAGCAAGCGACGUUUAUUUCAACACGGACGUCACCCGAAAAUUGGUAUAACUAAUAUUGGCGCCAUUUUGCAUCAUAGCGCUUGUCAUAUGCGCUUAUGUUUUGUCAUAUCUGUUCAAGAUUACCACAAACUGAUACAAACACAGUUUCUAAUCCCCCUCGGCAUCGUAUCUUGCUUUAGCUCCCUAUAUGUCACUACUUUUCGAGAUUAUUACAGACCAGAAUGGCGAAAUUAUCACAGAUUAACAGACCGUUCAAGAUUAUCACCAGCUGAAUUUCGUUUUUUUGAACGAAAUAUUUUGAAUUUCGAUGUUCUCAACCUGUUAGGUAAUACCAAAAAUACCGCUAAUUUACAGUGGUGACUGCACAUGAAUUGUGUACUGUAUUUAUAGCAUGAUUCCAAACAGAUUGCAAGACUUGUAUUCAGCAAUACAGUAUUAGUAAAUUAUGAUAUUUUUUAGUAUUUAGCACAGAUGAAAAGGUCAAACGAGGAUGAGAAUAGACCUUAUGCAUAACGACGUCACAAGGCGUGAUGCGCGUGAAAUGUUGGUCUUUGUAGUUACGGCGGGAAUUCAAAACAAUACAAAAUUCAAACAAAACAAAAUUUAAAACAAAUUCUUUUACUCGUACUGGUCGAUGAAAGCGGACUGUUGCCGUUACUUUCAGAGCUGUCAAACCUCUGAAGACCCAUGCAAGAGUUAUGAAAAAGACGACAGUCACGACAAAGAACAGUAGGCCACUCGCGUUUGACAGUAGCCGCCAUGUUGGAUUGUUUAGAAUUUUCCCGCCGUGACUACCAGGCCUGAAUAUAAUUUUUUAUCACAAUGACCAAGAGGCCAACAUCAAUAAAAUGUACCUGUCACCAACACAAGCAUCGGUGUAUUCCGUUCCAUACUAAUUACUAAAAUGAUAGUGACUAAUAGGACAUGCAAAAGAUAGAUAGAUAGAUAGAUAGAUAGAUAGAUAGAUAGAUAGAUA